GGUGAAUCACGUUUUCAACCGACAUGGCUUCUUAGCUACAUCCUUAUAUUCAUUCGGCUCACACACUCGUUGUUUUCUCGUGCAAGUGAGACAUAGUUCAUUUUUCCAAAAAAUUCAACUAAAGACGCAUAUUGAAUAACUUAAAUUCAAAUUGUUCAUUGUUUGCAACGCAUUAUUUUCAUUAGAAACUAUACAGUUGAUAUUCCAUAAAAAUGGUUGGCUCAAGAGUGUAUGUUGGUGGAUUGCCGUAUGGAGUUCGGGAACGUGACUUGGAACGAUUUUUCAAAGGCUAUGGACGAACCCGUGACAUUCUAAUUAAAAAUGGAUAUGGUUUUGUGGAAUUUGAAGAUUAUCGUGAUGCAGAUGAUGCUGUUUACGAGUUAAAUGGGAAAGAGUUACUGGGUGAAAGGGUGGUUGUUGAACCGGCUCGUGGUCAAGCAAGAGGAAGUCACAGAGAUCGAUACAAUGAUAGCGAUCGUUAUAGUAGCCGCCGUGGUGGCGGUCGUUACAAUAACGAUAAGAGCUCAUCACGAUAUGGACCACCAUUGCGUACAGAAUACCGUUUGAUUGUUGAGAAUUUGUCAAGCCGUGUUAGUUGGCAGGAUCUUAAAGAUUACAUGCGUCAAGCUGGUGAAGUUACGUAUGCUGAUGCACAUAAGCAACGGCGUAACGAAGGUGUUGUUGAAUUUGCAUCUUUGUCCGAUAUGAAAACCGCUAUUGAGAAACUGGAUGAUACUGAAUUGAAUGGUCGUCGUAUUCGUUUGGUAGAAGAUCGUCGUGGGGGACGUAGUGGCCGUGGAAGAUCUCGUUCAUCGAGUCGCUCGAGUCGUAGCCGCAGCCGUUCAAGAUCACGUCGUCGUCGUUCAUCAAGCCGCUCACGCAGCCCACGUAGUCGGAGCAAGUCCCGUGGAGGACGUUCCAAAUCAAAGUCGCCAAAAAGUCGCAGUCGCUCGAAGUCAAACAACCGCGAUCUGUCCAAAUCAAAAUCAAAGAGCCGCAGUCACAGCCGUGACUCACGCUCUCGCUCUCGCUCCAAAUCACACAAACGCGGUGAUUCUCGCGAUUCUCGUGACCGUUCAUUGUCGAAAGGCUCCAAAGAUAGACAUCACUCAAGAUCGAGCUCCCCAAAAAAUAAUGGAGGUUCAGGGGGCUCUCCAGACAGAAAUGAAAGCAUGGAUGACUAAGCGGACACUGCUACGUUAUGUAACAACAAGAAACAAACAACAACACUUUUUUUAGAUUUAAGAAUUGAAUAUGUGUAAACCCAUCAAGAACAAUAACCCACAGUAAAUGAAUAACAAAGAGAAAAAAAAAAACUAACAGAAACCUUGAAGCAGGGAUUAAGAGUCAGAUAUUCCCAAGCAAACAUUACUUAUAGUCUAGCUAUCGAACAUGCAUCCAGUUUGAUAAAUUAAGAGUGGCACGCCGAUUGAUUUCCCACAUUUCCGUUAAAUGGAUCGAAUAUAUUUUUCGAAUAUACUUUAUUCUCCUAAAUAUCACCAAACAAAAUGCAGAAAUCGAAGACAACAAAUCCAUUUAUAAUCGGUAUAUUAGGAAAAAAGAGAUGAAAAGACAGAGAAAAAUUAUCAAACAAAAAACAAAUUAGAAUUGCACUACAUUUAGACUAAAACCACAAAAUUUGCUUACAACAACGGUUACAUAAGUUCAAGAAGACAAGUGAAAAAACAAAAGAAUGCAUUGAGUCACCGUUUUGUAGAAAAAUAUGCCAAAAGUCAUAACAUGAAAAAUUCCUAUCGAUUAAUUUUUUGUCAAUGAAAAUUACCACUUGUACCACUUUAUUCACAGACUCAAUGUAUCAAUCUUAAUGCACGGCAGAAUUAACAAAAAAUUAUUGCCAAAAUUAAUGUAUUGGACAAAAACAUAACUUCUAAGACCUUCUGUUUCAAGGGCAUUUACGAGCAGUAAAAUAAACAACUUAUUCUCAGUUGAACUCCAAAAAGAAAUAUAGAUGUAACAAAGAAUCGUUUUUUACUUGAAAGUUAAUUCGCAAUUUAGUGUUAAUUUAAUUCAAACACAAAUCUGGGAACACAAAUACUGUGUACGCAAACAAACCAAUUUGAUUUAACUCCUACUAUCCAUAAAUAAAAGAUUCUGUGCGCAAAAAA